AUGAUAGUGGCACCCACUAUCGACAAUGAACGACAAAACACAGACUGGACACUCACAGAUGACGUGCACAAUAUCACAGAGCGCGAACGGACCCAGAGACACGAGUUAGGUCUGAACACUACGGAGCGCUCCGAUACCGAGUUCGCGCUAUUCGAUUUCGAUUCCUAUUCCGAAUACUACAAUUGGCGUCGCGGCAUGGAGUUGUGCACUAUCGAAUCCCUGAAUCUACAUUCACAUUUGUCUGAGAUUGAAGAAUGUGUGGAACGUCUUGAGCUCUGGUACAGCCUAUGGCAGAACGGAAAGCAGGAGCAAUCCAUACUAUUUCUCACGGUUGGUGGAAAGGAAAUGUAUUCUUUGCUGAAGAAUCUCACUUUCCCCGACAAUCUGGCCAAGUUAGCAUUCCCGAUGCUGAAACAAUUGCUUCUUGCUCACGUGAUUCCUGUUGAUUUUCAAGCUUCUGAGAGGGCAAAGUUCAAUUCGUUGAAUGUCACGAUCAAUGAUAAAGUUUACGAGGAUAUAAACAACGCAAGUAGACAGUGGGCACAGCCCACAAGCUCAGACACGGAAAACGUCGCUUUCAUUCGGAUACGCUCAGAAUGA